CCUAGCCCUGCAAAACGCGACAGGCAGCCGAAAUCACGCGAUACGUCAACCGUUUCCUCGGGAUGCACCCGUACACCGAGGAGAUCCUGACGGACAAUGGGGCAAAAUUUAGAGGAGAAGUCUUGAAGAAUUUAGUCUUACACGGUGUCUCUAUCCGUAACACCGCUCCCCACAUGUUGCAAUCUAACGGAAUGGUGGAGAACGCCAAUCGAGUGAUUAAGACCGCUUUGCGACACAAUAUCGUGGCAAAUGACACGAGGCCUUGGCCCGAUAUCGUGGAGCCAGCCCCCGAAGCUGAAGGGGGUAAGGUUCAAGACGACGAGGUGGAACUGUUGAUCGUGCAGGCUUGGCGGACGAGUACGGAGGGAGAAUUGGUGGGAAUACUAUUCAACAAGGUGGAGGAAGGUCACCUGGACGCAAUUACAGACGAAUUGUUGGUAUUCUUGGCACAGCUGGUGGACAAUUUGCCCCUCGAUAUCCUAUCGAGGUGUGACGAGAAGCCGGGGACUGACGUGCUCCCUCGCACGCUUGCGCCACAUCUGAUGUGGUCCACGUGUACAAAGCUGGACGGGGAUAACUACUUCUACCUGUCCCCGAGCCUUUACCUCAACAUUGACGUCACCGAUCUCACACUGUGGGACCCUUCUGUCCGACGGGGAAACGCGCUAGGAGCCAGUGACGAAGAAGAGGAAGAAGAAGAAGAAGAAGAGGAGUCGGAGGAAGAAGAACCGAGCGCUGAUCGGGACGAUCACGACUACAUUGGGUCGGAGGAGGAGGGAGAGGAAAGUAGAUCGGGAGAGUCGAGUAACCGUCUUCUGCGAAGCAAAGAAUAGAAGGAAGCGGAAGCUCAGCGGAGGCGGGAGAAAACGGAGGGCAAGCGGGCGGUCGAAGAAUCAAGAGGGCCGCAACCA